UUAUGACAAAACUUUAUGGAAAUCCUGAUAAUUUUCGUGUCAAGAAAGUUCUAGUUGCCGCCAAAUUAGCCAACAAAGAAAUCAAAACGACUAAUGAAGCUCCUCCGUCUGAAUUAUUUCCACUUGAACUUGUUCCAGCACUCGAAGAUGGGGAUGUUCAUUUAUUUGGUGCUGUAGCUAUUGCAAAAUAUAUUUUAGGAAAUAAUUCUGAAUAUUUCCCGAAGGAUCCAUUACUUGAGCAAUGGCUUUUUUGGGGUGAUAAUUAUCUUCUUUCAAAUGUUCUUUCCUAUGUUCUUCCGAGCAUUUCUGCAGCGAAGAUUGACCAGGAAAAUGUGGAAAAGGCACGUACCGAGCUUCUCGAUCAAUUGACACGUUUAGAUUCUAUCAUUCUCCAUAAAACAUUUUUGGUAGGGGAACGGAUUUCUUUUGCGGAUAUUUCUUUGGCUGCCAAUUUGCUUCCCGCUUACCAAUAUGUUUUAGGCGAAGAAGAACGUAAGAAAAUUUGCAAUGUAACUCGUUGGUUUCAAACUGUUAUAAAUCAUCCUGGAGUGAAUGAAGUCAUUGGGGAAUUAAAAUUUAUUACCAAACCGGCAAAAUUUAAUGAUAAGGAAUUCGAAAAAAUUGCUGGGAUGCUAUCACGAACUGUUGCUGAAGAAAAAACUUCAAAGGAUAAAGGAAAGAAGGACAAAGGACAGAAGCAAAAAGAGCAAACUCCAAAACAAGAAAAACAACAACAACCAAAGAAGGAGAAAAAGGAUGAAGAAAUGGAUCCUACGGAAGAAGCUAUUUCUGCUCAACCGAAGUUUGUUGAUCCUUUGGCUGCUCUCCCAAAAGGCAACUUUUCAAUGGAUGGCUUCAAGCGUGUUUAUUCAAACGAAGAUACAGCUACGAAAGCAAUCCCCUACUUUUGGGAAAAUUUCGAGCCCGAAAACUAUAGUAUUUGGUACGCCGAAUAUAAAUUUCCCCAAGAACUUCGACUUGUAUUUAUGUCUGCAAAUUUAAUUGGAGGGAUGUAUCAGCGCCUUGAAAAAAUGAAGAAAACUUCAUUCGCGUCUGUUUGCCUUUUUGGAACUGACAACAAUUCUACCAUCUCUGGAAUUUGGAUAUGGCCAGGGCAACAACUUGCCUUUGAGCUAUGCCCGGAUUGGCAAGUGGACUAUGAGAGUUACGAGUGGAAAAAGCUCGAUCCAAAAGACGAGUCGACCAAGAAAAUGGUGAAUGAAUAUUUAUUGUGGGAGGGCGACUUUGCCGGUAAGAAGUUUAACCAAGGGAAGAUUUUCAAAUGA